CCCUAAAUUUCGAAGCUCUCAUUCUGGUGCUUUUCGCUUUUCAUCUCAUAUCAAUGGCCGACUCUGUGAUUUCGAUUCAGUACCUCAAAGAUUUCGUGAAUUCUCAAAUCCAUGACGAAGAGAAAUGGGCCUUCAAUGUGAAAUUGCUGCGUGCUGUGGGAUUGUUUGCAGGAUCAAUAGUGCUUAUGCGAAAUUAUGGUGACCUUAUGGCAAUUUGAAAGUAGAAGAAUAAUUUGUCUGUAGUGAGCUGCUAUUUUGUACUUAAACCGUAUUGGUGUAUGUUCUCUUUCUGAAUCUGAAAUGAGUUUUAGCCUAUUGAUGAGCUGUGAGAAUACUUGUCCGAAUUAGUCAUGUUAUGUGCACAUUUUCCUUGUGCUCAGAUGUUUUGGAUAUGAAAUAACUAUUACCGCAUUUUUGCAUUGACUCAAUAUAUAUAG